AUGGCGCCCUCGACACCGCUCUCCAUCGCAACUGGCGCUGUCCAGAGGCUGGUCAAGGAAGAAGCAUCCUACCAGCGCGAGAAGAAGGACCAGGAACAGCGUCUCGAGAAGCUAUCAAAGGAGACCUCCGACGAUGAGAACCGCGAGUACAUGCUCAAUCAAGAGCGCAAAGCUCUAGAGGAGACCGAGAAGCUUCUUCCCCAGCUAAAACAGAAGAUCAACGAGGCGGUUGCAAAAUUGGAGCGUUUGCUUGCUGAAGAAGGUCAAAAGGGCGCGGAGAGCGACGUCGCUCAGAUAACUGCCGCAAAGGAAGCGAUCUCCCAUGCUAAGACUGCCGUUAGGGAGAUUUCGUAG